AUGAACGGCGUAGAUAAACUAGACAAAGAGGCGCUAGUGCUGCUGAGCGGACACGAGAAGGAAGUGUAUGCAUGCUCGUGGAGUCCCGUAAAGAACGUCUUGGUCUCUGGAUCGAGCGACUCUACGGCGCGGGUCUGGUCGCUGCCGAACAAAGUGGAGGAUAGCAAAGCUAUUAAACCCAAAGUGUUGAGCCAUGGCACAGGACCACACAAGGAUGUCACGACUCUCGAGUGGAAUCAUAAUGGAUCUUUGCUGGCGUCAGGAACUUAUAAUGGCAAGACACGAAUCUGGGACGCGGAAGGCGAGAUGAAGCACAUUUUCCAGUACCACAACGGCCCAGUGUUUGCUACGCGGUGGAGCAAGAGCAGCUUGUUCCUACUCAGCGCUAGUUUUGAUAAGACUGUGGUUGUAUGGGACGCAGCGACUGAAACGAAGAAGCAGCAGCUGAAAUUGCACGAUGAUCCGAUCCUGGACGCAUCGUGGAAAGAUGACGCUACGUUUGCUACGUGCUCGUCAGAUAUGAGCAUUUGUGUUGCUCGAGUGGGAGAAACUAAGGCUGAUGUCGUGCUUCGAGGACACAAAGACGCGAUUAACUCGGUCAAGUGGGAUCCUGCUGGACGAUAUUUGGCGUCGUGUUCAGAUGACUACACGGUAAAAAUAUGGGAUCCGUCUAAGGCUAUUGAGAAGAAGAAUCCAGCAGAUGGAGAGGCUAUGGAGGUCGAUAGCAACGAGAAUAACAAGAAGGACACGGACUUGGAUGCGGUAACUUCAGCUGCGUUGGUAUACACUCUUCAAGAACACAAGAAGGAAGUGUAUACGUUUCGUUGGAGCUGCACUGGGCCAGGCACAUCGCUCCCGGAUCAGCCGCUGACAUUAGCCAGUGCAUCUUUCGACGGCACCGUGAAGCUCUGGGACGCCGAAUCAGGUUCCUGUAGGAGAACAUUUGAUCACCAGUAUCCUGUAUAUGGUGUUGCGUUUAGCCCGGAUGGGGAGUACUUGGCUAGUGGAACAGUAGGGGGAAUGGUCAACGUUUGGUCAUUAAAGGACGGAUCCUUGGUGAAGACGUAUCAAGCAAAUGGCGAUAUCUACGAAGUCAACUGGAACAAGGAGGGCGACCAGAUCGCCGCCUGCGUGUCCAGUGGUGACGUCGCAAUUAUCAAUUUUCGAUUGUAG